GCCUGUUUUCGUGAAGAAUAAUCCUUAACUUCCACCUUUAUUUGCAAGAUGCCAAUAACUGCGACUGAUAAGGGUAACAAAUCCUCAAAACACUUGUUGUGUUUGAAUCUUUGUCUGUCUUUGUUUAUUUAAAACCCUCUGUCCAGGUCAGAAGCUUCCUGGAUAUUAUCAUCUCAAACCUCAUCGACUUGUGUGCUUCUUCACUUUAAAGUCCCCUGUCGCUUUACUUCCAUGGCAUCCUCAAAAUCCAAUUUUUCGUACUCACCACAAUAAAAUUUUAAAAUAAAGCUCCAACCUUUUUUUUUUUUUUUUUUUUGUGGGUCUCAGUUCUCAAACCCUAAUUUCAACUCUCAAUCUCACCCUCAUCCUCUACACUCGCUAAAACCUCCACCCUCUGUUGCAAAGUUUCAUCCUUUUGAAGAAGACAAAUGUCUGUGGAGAGAUCUUUAGAAGCGUGGGAAGAGGUUCAGCGACACGGGCAAGACUUAGCCGACCGACUCGCUCAGGGCUUCACGGGCUUGAUUCAAAUCAACCCUCCUUCGUUUCCGUGGCCGAGCCAUCAGAAGCUGAAGCUAUUCGAUCUCGAGUUCUCUCCUCAGCCCAUCAAUGGCGGCGUCGAGGCUAUUCUCGUUAUCGGGAACAAGAUUGGUCAGAUUGGCCAGGCUGGUGUUGAUUUCGGCUCCGGGUUGAACGUUAUGGUUCAUCAGUUCUUCAGGAGGCUGCCCUUGCCGUUUAGACACGAGGAUAGCGUGUCUGUUUCUAUGAGCCGUGGAGUUUAUGUAGACACAAAAGAUGAGUCGAGGCUUUCUAAGACAGAUACUGUCUCCUCUGCUGCUAUGUCUGAGGAGAGGGUGACAGAGUUUGAUUUGAGUACUGCUGCAUUACUUAGGAGAUCAAAGGGAACGGUUGAGUUUUCGACAAGUUAUGAAAGUAGAACAAGUGGUAUGGAACAUUCGUUAGCAGCCAGGGGAGAUCUUUGGAGAGUAGAAGCUUCUUCAUCAAGUUCAGCUGCUAGAGAUGACAGUUCCUCUCUCUUUCUUCUCCAGCUUGGACCGCUGCUGUUUCUGCGCGAUUCAACUCUUCUUUUGCCCGUUCAUUUAUCAAAGCAACACUUGCUCUGGUAUGGUUAUGAUAGAAAGAAAGGUAUGCAUUCGCUUUGUCCAGCUUUGUGGUCAAAGCAUAGAAGAUGGCUUAUGAUGUCAAUGAUCUGCCUCAAUCCUUUAGCUUGCUCAUUUGUAGAUUUGCAGUUCCCAAAUGGGCAGUUAACGUAUGUCUCCGGUGAGGGAUUAACAACAAGUGUCUUUGUUCCUUUAUGUGGCGGUCUUCUUCAAGCGCAAGGUCAAUAUCCAGGAGAUAUGAGGUUUAGUUUCUCUUGCAAGACUAAACAAGGAACAAGAAUCACACCAAUGGUGAACUGGCCUGACAAAUCGUAUGGAGUAGGUGUUUCUCAAGCCUUGGCUUGGCGUAAGUCCGGUCUCAUGAUGAAACCGGCAAUUCAACUUAGUGUGUGCUCUACGUAUGGUGGAAGCAAUCCCGGGACGAAAACCGAACUUAUUCACUCGUUGAAUGAUAACAUCAACAUGAUUUGUGGCUGUGCAAUGACGGCUCAUCCUUCAGCGUUUGCAUCUGUCUCUUUUGGUCGGUCAAAGUGGAAUGGGAACAUUGGUCGGACCGGAAUAGUUGUUAGAGUUGAUACUCCACUUGCAAGUGUUGCUCAACCUUCUUUCUCAAUCCAGCUUAACAAUGCUUUUGAGUUCUGAAGUAAACUUGUUAAAAGAAUGUUUUGGCUUCACGAUGUUAAAGUUGUAUAUAGUAAAAAAAAUUAGAACUCAGUAAACCAAAAGAGAAUUAACAAAGAAAUUCUAUAGUGGCAGGUGAAUGUUGAAGUUGUAAAUUAAACCACAAAACAAACUUCUUAUGAUAUUAUGUGUUCUUAA